AUGUCGGGCCCGGUUCUCCUCAGCUCGGUGACGGCGAGUACCGAUGCUCAGGCCCAGCUGUCUCUCAAUUCCACCCGGUACACGGAUGCCACCUUCACCUUCAAGAACCCUUCCGCCAGCCAGGGUACCUACCGCAUCGUCACCGGCAACCAGGACUAUACCGGGUUAACCGCGAGGACACCGGAAAUCACCGUCGAGCCUAACGCGACCAAGACCGUCGUGGCCGUGAAGCUUGUACUCGGUUCGAUAUACAACUGUUUCCUACAGAGGAAGGAGUUCGGCUCGUGGGUGAGACAGGGGGAUGCUAGGACGGCCACUACCAAGAAGAUCGACAACGUCAAUGUUUCCACCUCUUCCAAGGCGGCGGUAGUUAGCUGGGACAAGACUCACGCCGCGAGCUACACGGUCCGUCUAUACGACAAGUCCGCUAGCACCACCCAGAUCCAGGGCGUGGACGCAACCCUGAACACGAGCACCAACAGGUACGAGGCCGUCUUCACAGGAUUGUCCAACACAAUCUCCUACCGCGCCUCCAUACAGACGGUCGAAAAGAACAUGAAUACUAAUAGUGGGAGCUACUUCAACCAGUGGCAGGCUGUCGGUACCGCCGAGUUCACCCCCUCGUCUUACGCCAACCUCGACCUGGAUGCCGUUUACGCGUCCUACGCCGAGCUGUCGUGGGACGACGGCGAUGUCGGGGGUGACGAGGAAGACGAGGAAGCAGAGUUCAGGAUCCUUAGGACGGAGGCACUACCAUCCACUAGUUGGAGUGUGGUCAUGGACUGGACUCCGGACACCACCAAAACAUUCACCGAUACCGAUCUCAUCCCCGGGAGCAAGUACCAGUACCAGCUGUACCGUCGCGGUGUCGAUGGUACCCCGGUAUACCAGAACGGGAGCCAGAUCACCGUCUCCACCAAGAUAGGCGAGGUAACGAACCCAUGGGUCGGCUCGACGGUUAUGGUUUACAGGUGGACGGAAACGUACGAAGGCGCUACACAAAAGUACAGGAUCACUCCCGCUUCUGGUGGUGAGGCCAUUGUCUCCGGUGUUACAGGUGUUAGCGUCACCUCGAGGAAUCUUAUCCCGGAUACCAGCUACACCUUCGAAUACCUUGUCGUAGAAAACAGACAAGACAUCGUGGUAGGAACGUUCACUUCGUCGACGAGCAAGUAUGGUGUCCUGACCCUUGAACAAGCGAGGUACACGAACCUCACGUUUAACAUCCAGAACUUCUCCACCGUACCUGCUACACACUACCGGAUCACGAACGAAGACGCGUCGACGAUAUGGGCGACCAAGGCACUCUCUCCCGGGGAAACCGCGUCCGUGGAGAUAGCGGGGUUCCAGCCCGGAUCAACCCACAAGAUGUUCCUCCAGAGGGCCGAGCAGGGUGUCUGGAACAACCAGCUACAAGGAAACGGUCUCCUGGACAACAUUAAUGUCGCGGCCAAGAGCCUGACCGCUACGACAUCCGUGGCAACGACAUCAGCCAUGAUCCAGUGGGACCGGGCGUACGACGCGGCUGAAUACGAGAUCUCUCUCUACGACGUGGCUCCCGAUACCGACACCGUUCCCAUUAAGGCCAAGACGAACGGUGAACUGAGCACCUCUGGUGUACAGCUGUCCGCCGUCUUCACCGGGCUUGCAAAGGAGAAACCUUGCUGGGGAAAGAUCACCGCCCUAGAGACGAAUACCUCCGGGGUUGCCGAAAAGAUGCUGGUAAAACCCUUCACGUUUGAAACGUCGGCCGGCGCCGUGUUCCAGGUGGGUGAAAUCAAGGCCUCCAGUGUCAGCUUUUCCUGGGACGCCGGGGUGGUACAGGAGGAAGACGGCGUGGCCGAGUUCAGGGUGCGCAAGCAGGAGCUACCUAGCGGAGGGUGGGCAGACGCAACCGGGUGGCUUCCCCACACCACCAACAGCCAGACCACGAUCUCGGGUCUGAAGGCCGGUACUGGAUAUAAGUUCGCGCUCAUUCGACUGCGUCUGGAUGGAGGCAUGGCGACACAGGCCAUCGUCAUUGUCACUACCAAGACAUCUACGCUGACGAUCUCCGGGACCGCAUCCUCCCACAUCCAAGCGGAGUGGACCGAGCUGUAUCCGGGGGCAAAGUAUCAACUUGUGUACACUGCCGAGGGGGGUUCCCCGGUGACUUUCGGGGGAGCCCCCAUUACCGGAACCACCGCCUUGCUUAAGGGUCUAGAGUCGAGUACGGAAUAUGUCGUGGAAUUGUUUGCCCUGGAGGAUGGAGUUGCGGUCGGUCUCGCAACAUCUGCACUUGGUUCGGCUGCGUCCGCAAAAACUGGGGUGAGUCCCUUGGUUAUCGGAGGAGCCGUGGUUGCUGGUGCCGCAGUGGUUGGUCUCGUGAUUUUCAAAAUCAAGAGUGCAAAAACUGCAUUGGCUGUCUCGAAAUAA